UACAUCUAAAGCCGGAGUUCUGAGAAUCGGCUCUUCGAUAGAGUGACUCGCUGAAGUAUCAUAGCGACGGAACAAACAAAGCAUGGCUGCUACAAAGGAGAACCAUCAAUACAAACGCCUUUUCAUCAACAAUGUGGAUAAAUAUACCUCUAAAUAUAUAGGAAAGUUUUUAGCCUCAUGUGUUGUUGGAGCUACUGAACAAUUACAGGAUGAAUGCACAAGUUCCCAAGAAGAAACUUAUCAGAUUGUUGGAACAGUUUCCUGUAAAACCAAAGAAAAGUCCAGCUUUGCAGUAGAAAAAUAUACUAACGUAACACGUGAAGAACUUUUCCGUCACCUGAUGAAGUCAGACGUCAUCGUUUAUAAUAUUUACAAUGAGAAUGCUGAUCAGAUUGAAGAAGCCACUUGGGCUGUCUCAGCUCUUCACAAGGACAUUGAUGCAUUUCCUGGACCAAAGAUGUUCAUCUUGAUCUCGUCAGUCAUGACCUGGGCUCUGACUAAGACACUGGAUCCAAACGAUCCAGAGAUUCAUAUAACAGAAUUGGACUACAGGAGACGGAAACCUCAUCCCAACUUUAAAGAUCAUACGGCUGUGGAGAAGCUUGUGGUUAAACUAGGACAAACUAAUCAGUCCCGGUUCUCGACUUAUGUGGUUGCCUCUGGACUGCAGUACGGAAUGGGCGAGCAAGCAUUUCAUUUCUUUUUCAAGACAUCGUGGCUGGGAGAGGAACCUGAAGUGCCGAUCUUCGGAGACGGCUAUAACGUCAUUCCAGCUGUUCACAUCUGUGAUCUGGCAGGGAUUGUACAGAACGUAAUCGAGUGUAAACCGAAGCUGCCGUACUUCCUUGCAGUGGAUGAAUCACAGAACACCAUUGGUGACAUUAUCAGUGCAAUAGCGUCGGUGCUCGGGCCAGGAAAAACAAAAAACGUUCCAAAAGAGGACGUGUAUCUCACAGAGGAGUUGACGCAAUCAGAAAUUGACCAUUUGUUCAUCAAUCUUCGAAUGGAAGCUAUUCAUUUCGACAAAGAUGUCAGUAAAGAGAAUUUAAGCAUCAACUGGGUUUCAAAGAAAGGCAUUGUUGAGAACAUUGGACAAACUGUAGAGGAUUACAAGAGCACACGAGGUUUGCUGCCUGUUCGCGUCUAUCUCUUCGGACCUCCUGCUGUCGGGAAAAGCACCAUGGCGGAAAAGAUAUGCAAGCACUACAAACUGCACCAUAUCAAAGUCAAAGAGACCAUCGCCGAGACUCUCGCUAACCUGGAGUCAAGCGUACGCGCGGCAGAGGCGGAAACCGAAGCGGACGACGAAACACGUAGAACGCAGGAGCUUUUGGAGACGCUGACAAAGAACAUGGAAAAAAAUGAAGGCCGGUUGGACGAGACGUACGUCAUCCAAAUCAUCAAGAACAAGCUGAAAUCUACAACAUGCAGAAAUCAAGGUUUUGUCCUGGACGGCUUUCCGAAGACAUACGAGCAAGCUAAAGAGCUGUUUUGUGCCGAGGUGGAGCAAGCUAAAGACGAGCUAAAGUCGAGGAACAAGGAAAUCAUUCCAGAGUUUGUUUUCUUUCUGGAUGCUACUGAUGAAUUCCUGGAGGAACGUGUCCUGACCCUGCCCGAGAACGUCGUGCAGGGGACGUCACACUCCGUAGAGAAGUACUUUCAGUGUCUGGAGACGUUCAGAAGAAACAAUCCAGAAGGUGAAACUGUCCUGAAAUACUUUGAAGAGCUGGAGAUUCACCCCGAGCGAAUAGAGAUGAACAGCGACGACUUGGAGAACGUUCUGGUGAUGGAGAAGGUAACGAGGUGCUUGGGGAAGACCAGGAACUACAGCCCCACCUCGAAGGAUGUGGAAGAAGAACGGAAGCAGGUGGAGAUCAGACUGAGGGAGAAGGCGGAGGCGGAACAAGACGAAGCCAAGCGCAAAAAGGAAGAGGAGGAGCUGUGGGCCCAGCAGGAGGAGGAACGGGAGCGAUGUCUGGAAGACGAGAGGCGGCAGGAAGUGGCUCUGUUGAUGUCAGAAUCCGCUCCUCUCAGGCAAUAUUUGAUGAACAGCGUGAUGCCUGCUGUUAUUCGAGGCUGCCUCGAGAUCUGUGAGCUCCGACCCGAAGAUCCCGUACACUUCCUGGCUGAAUAUCUCCUGAGAAACCAGAAUCCAGAAGCGCAAUAA